AUGACUACCGGCGUCUUCCGAUAUCUGGACCCGGCGACCCUCAAGGGCGACAACAGCAAGCCCUGGACCAAGGUCGACACCGACGUGACUUCUUUCAGCCGGACCGAGCGCCGGCGUUCCGUCGCGAACAUCCGCGACUCCGGUAUUGAAUUCGGCACCGAUGUCUCGGGCUUCGCCGUGUACAACUCGCCGGCAAAGGAAAAGGCCUUUACCGACGACGCGACUGUCCGCAGUGGCUACUACGGCGAAGUUGAGGCGCUACUCAAGGAGAAGCUUCCCGGGGUGAAGAAGGUGGUGAUCUUCGACCACACCAUUCGCCGCAGGGAAAAGUCGAGCCCGAGACAGCCCGUUCAGCAAGUUCACGUCGACCAGACGCCACGUGCAGCUGAGGUGCGCGUGAGGAGGCAUGUUCCCGAGAACGAGGCGGAGGAGUUGUUGAAGGGACGGUAUCAGAUCAUCAACGUCUGGAGACCGAUCGGACACCCCGCGACAGAUUUCCCGCUGGCCGUCAUCGACUGGCGGACGACGGUGCCGGAAGACCUGAUUGCUGUAGAUCUGCUGUACCCGAAGAGGACGGACGGCGAUGAUGACGAUCGGGGCAAGGAGGUGCUUCCCGAGGCAACCUCAGCGGAGUCGAUUGAGGCGUAUGAGGUCAAGGGUGAGACCUAUGCUAUCGCGCCAAACGAUAAGCAUAAGCUGUACUACAUGAAGGACAUGACGCCUGACGAGGCUAUGUUUAUCAAGUGCUUUGACUCGAGGAGUCAGAACGUUGGCGGCAAGGAUGGGCUGGCAGGGCUGACCCCUCACACUGCCUUUGUUGAUCCUGCUACGCCUGCAGAUGCCAAGGGCCGCCAGAGCAUUGAGGUUAGAUGCCUCGUGUUCUAUGAUUAA